AUGGCGUUUUCCGCCUCCGCCCUGAACAACAUCGCCGUGUACUGGGGCCAGAACUCUGGGGGUGGCCAGCAGCCGUUGGCCGACUACUGUGCUCGAGAAGAAGUCGAUAUUGUCAUUCUUUCGUUUCUCUACGGGUUCCCCAAGAUGAUGCUCAAUUUCGCCAAUGCCUGUGAAAAUACCUUCACGUCGGAAGGGUUAUUGCACUGUUCGAAUAUUGCUAACGACAUCAAAACGUGUCAGCAAAACGGUAAAAAAGUGUUGUUGCUGUUGGGUGGUGCUACCGGUGUCUACGGCUUUACUUCCGAUAACGAAGCCACCGAGUUUGCCGACACUUUGUGGAACUAUUUCGGUGCCGGUGACGCUGGAGUCGAACGUCCGUUUGAUGACGCCAUUGUCGAUGGGUUUGACUUCGAUAUCGAGAACCAGAACCAAGUGGGCUACCCCGCGUUGGCCAACGCCUUGCGCCAGAAAUUUGCCCAGGACUCGCUGAAACAGUACUACUUGGCUGCUGCUCCUCAGUGCCCUUACCCUGACGCUUCCGUGGGUAAUGUCUUGGCUCAGCUGGACCUCGAUUUUGCAUUCAUUCAGUUCUACAACAAUUACUGCUCGCUUGGUCCCAAUUUCAACUGGGACACCUGGGCGGAUUUUGCCGCCAACGUCGCUCCCAAUAAGAAUAUUAAGUUAUACGUUGGUUUACCCGGUGAGGCCCGUUCCGCCGGUUCUGGCUACCUUUCUGCUGCCGAUGUAGCCGCCAAGUUGCCGCUGCUGGUGUUGCUGAGCCCUGCCUUUGGGGGGUUCUCGUUCUGGGACGCCUCGCUGUCGAUCGCUAAUGUCGAUGCCCAAGGCCAAAAUAUGGCCCAAUCGCUUAAGGCCCUUGCCAACGGUGCCUCCCCCGCUCCUCAACCUCAUUCGCUGUCGAGCUCUUCGCUGACUACUACCACCACCUCCACCCUGUCUACCAUUAACCCGUGGCAACCCACCACCUCCACCACCUCCACUCUGUCGACCACUACUUCAACCACGUCGUUGCUGUCGACUAUCAACCCGUGGCAACCUACUACCACUUCGCUGACUCUGACCACGGCCGGACCAGCGACCACUUCCUCUUCGUCUUCGGUUGAAGCGCAACAAGUGGCGCCGCUGUCGCCUCUGCUGCUGCCGUUGCCGCUGUCGCUGAGUGACCUUCUUGGAGGCAACAAGGGUGUGGACGUGACCCUGUCCUCGCUGAGUGACGUGGUCCCCAGCCCUGAACAAGCCACUACUGAGCUGACCACGGAAGCCACCACUGAGGCCACCACGGAAGCCACCACCGAAGCCACCACCGCUGAAGCGACCACUGCCCCCGCUUCUGAAUCUAAUUCACCUCUCCCUGAAUCUACUACGUCCGUGGUGCUGCCGGAAAGCAUCGACGUCGUCGACCCUAGUACGGCCGUGCUGGAACUACUGUCGACAGUGCCGCCAGUGCCGGAACUGACGGAAGCGUCCCCCGCCGAACCCACCGACGCCGACGCCACCACGGAAGAAGUGUACGAGCCCACCACGCUCCAGACGUCAUCGAUCAGAGUGGUCGAUGCCUUCCCCACGUCGUCGGUGGUCACCACUACCGAAACCCAGGCUGACGGCCGGGUGGUAGUGGUCACGAGAACCGAGGGCCACACCGUGACUCAGGUGGUCACUGAGGCCGCUCUUCAAACCACUCGUGUUAAAGUGAUGACGGUGAAGAAGCCCACGACGGCGUUUAACACCCGCACCACCACCGCCAUGACCACGCGUUACAUCACCACGUUGUACCGUCACUAG